AGCCGCGAACUCCUCGCUGGUUUGCGCGAGUCCGACUCAGCGCAGUGUCUUGGGCCGGCAGCAAGUGAUCGACAUGACCUCCCCGCAGGCCCCGGAGGAUGGGCAGGGCGGCGACGAUCCCCCUAGGGACCUCCGCAGCGUCCUGGUCACCAGCGUGCUCAGCCUGGAGCCGCUGGACGAAGAUCUCUUCAGAGGAAGGCAUUACUGGGUACCCGCAACCAAGCGGCUGUUUGGGGGUCAGAUCGUGGGCCAGGCCCUGGUGGCUGCAGCCAAGUCUGUGGAUGAAGAUGUUCAUGUGCACUCCCUGCACUGCUAUUUUGUACGGGCAGGGGACCCGAAGGUGCCCGUUUUGUACCAGGUCGAGCGGACGCGGACGGGGGCGAGCUUCUCGGUGCGCUCUGUGAAGGCCGUGCAGCACGGCAGACCCAUCUUCAUCUGCCAGGCCUCCUUCCAGAAGACCCAGCCCAGCCCCAUGCAGCACCAGUUCUCCAUGCCCAAGGUGCCCCCCCCGGAAGAGCUGCUCAACUACGAGACCCUCAUCAACCAGUGUUUAAGGAACCAUAACCUCCAAGAGAAGUACCAAGUUGGCCUGAACCGAAUUGCUGCGCAAGAUGUGCCCAUUGAGAUCAAGCCAGUAAACCCACACACCCUGAGCGAGCUGCAGAAGAAAGAGCCCAAAAACAUGUUUUGGGUGCGAGCCCGGGGCUAUAUUGGGGAGGGCGACAUCAAGAUGCACUGCUGCGUGGCUGCCUAUAUCUCGGACUAUGCCUUCCUGGGCACAGCAUUUCUGCCCCACCAGUGGCAACAUAAGGCGCACUUCAUGGUCUCCUUGGACCACUCCAUGUGGUUCCACGCCCCCUUCCGAGCUGACCACUGGAUGCUCUAUGAGUGCGAGAGCCCCUGGGCUGGUGGCUCCCGGGGGCUGGUCCGUGGGCAGCUGUGGCGUCGGGACGGGGUCCUGGCUGUAUCCUGUGCCCAGGAGGGCGUGAUCCGAGUGAGGCACCGGGUCUUGGAGAGCAAGCUGUAGCCAGAGGUACUGGCUUGGCCUGGGACUUCGAGGAUCCCCCUUCUCUCCCCACCUCCCCCCGACUCCUGAGGCAGGAGUUCCAGCCAAGGGCUGGGCCUGCUGUCCUUCACGUGCAAUAAAGAGACUGAGACCACUGGAGCUGC